AUAAUUUUUAUUUUCCACCUACGACAUUCCUAAUUUUCGUCCUUUCUCAUUCCGUUCAUACGGAGCCAAACAUUCUCUGCAGUUCAAUCCCUGCAGUCGCUUCGGUUUAUGAAAGUUGCAUAGCGUUUUAUAUUUUUUGAAAUGAAGCACGCUUUAUAGGUUAACACUGUACGAACUGGAGAGGAAAGAAGUUUAAAAAUAUAUAUAGGACCGAAGUCCUCCAUUUUAGUCUUCACAGAGUCUCUCUUUCAUCUUUUUUUACUUUUUAUAUAUAUAUGUGCUGCGCCCAUUCUCUGUCACACGACGCGCACUCUAUAAUCCUCUCUCUCUAAAACGAAAUCGUGAUUUAGUGUGAGAAAUCGGCGAGAAUGUCGGGAAUCGGUAGCGAAGGGCGAGGACGUGGCGGCGGUAGGGGACAACAUCCUGCCGGCCGUGGACAACAACCAUCGCGCGGCGGCGGUCCAGGCCGUGGUCGGGGACGCGGUGCCGGUGCUCCGCCGCAGCAGUCGCUUUCGGCUUCUGCCACUCCUUACCAGCAAUCUCCGGUGGUGCCGGCGGCCGCAGCGCUUAGCCAUCAGAUGGAACAGAAGCUUACGCUUCAGGCUUCUUCGUCCGUGGUUCCGGUGACCAAACCACCUGCUCCGACGCCUCAGCCACAGGCUCCGGCGGUGGCGGCGGUGAUUCCGCAGCAAGGACAGUUACCACCGGCUUCCACGAAGGCGGUGAGGCUGCCGGCAAGGCCAGGCCUCGGAUCAUUCGGACAGAAGACCGUCGUUAAGGCGAACCAUUUUUUGGUCUCGGUUGCUGAUAGAGAUCUGAAUCACUACGAUGUUGCAAUCUCGCCUGAGGUUGCAUCAAAGAAGGUAUGCCGGAUGAUAAUGAAUCAGCUUGUCAAAACCUUUCACUCCUCGCAUUUGGGCAAGAGAAAGUUAGCAUACGACGGAAGAAAGAGUUGCUACACUGCAGGGCCACUGCCCUUUGCCUCUAAGGACUUUGUCAUCAAGCUUGAUGAAGAUAGUGGAUCCAGGAGGGAGCGCGAAUUCAAGGUUUCGAUCAAAUUUGCUUCCAAAGCUGAUCUCUAUCACUUGAAGGAGUUCCUAAAAGGUCAACAACGUGAUAUCCCACAGGAAACUAUACAGUUUCUUGAUGUGGUCCUUAGGGAGAAGCCAUCUAAUAGCUAUGAAGCUGUUGGGAGGUCCUUCUUUCAUCCGGAGUUUGAAUCUGGGGAGCUUGGUAAUGGCCUGGAAUACUGGAAAGGGUUUUAUCAGAGUCUUCGCCCAACACAGAUUGGGCUGUCACUAAACAUUGAUAUGUCGGCUAGAGCAUUUUUUGAACCUAUUUAUGUGUCUGAGUUUGUUUUCAAGUACCUCAACCUCAGGGAUCCGAAUAGGCCUUUAUCUGACCAAGAUCGCAUUAAGGUGAGAAGAGCUCUGAAAGGUGUUAAGGUUGAGAACAAUCAUCAGGACCAUGUAAAGCAUCAUAAGAUAACAGGGCUUUCGACUGAACCAACACAAAGGCUUAUGUUUUCUGUGGAUGAGUCUGGAGCACAAAUUUCAGUUUAUCAGUACUUCCGUCAGAAAUACAAUAUUGUGCUGAAGUAUCCACUUCUGCCAGCACUUCAGGCUGGCAGUGCUGCGAGACCUAUUUAUCUUCCAAUGGAGGUAUGCAAAAUUGUCGCGGGGCAAAGAUACUCCAAAAAAUUGAACGAGAGACAAGUUACUCAACUGCUCCGAGCCACAUGCAAACGUCCAGAGGAGAGAGAGAAUGUCAUUAAAAAGAUGGUGGAAAAGAAUAACUACAACAAUGAUGAACUUGUGAAUGCAGAGUUUGGUAUACAAGUUAGGCCUGACCUUCUGUCCAUCGAGGCACGAGUAUUGCCGCCUCCAAUGCUGAAAUAUCAUGAUUCUGGAAAGGAGAAACGCGUUCAGCCAUAUGUAGGACAAUGGAAUAUGAUGAACAAGAAAAUGAUCAAUGGUGGAACGGUGGAUUUUUGGACGUGUGUCAAUUUCUCCCGGAGCAAUGAUGAUGUUGUCACUAGAUUUAUCAAUAAAUUGCUUGAAAUGUGCUGUGGCAAGGGGAUGAAAUUUGGUCAACAUCCUCUAGUUCCUAUUCGUACAAGGCAUUCUAACCAAAUUGAGCAGUCCCUAAAUGCCAUCCACUCGGAGGCUUUGAAAACUGGGAACAAACUUCAGUUGCUUCUUAUUAUAUUGCCCGACGUGACUGGUUCAUAUGGUUUAAUCAAGAGGGUGUGUGAAACAGAAUUAGACAUUGUAUCACAAUGCUGUCAGCCUAAACAGGUUUUGAAAUGCAAUAUUCAGUACCUCGAAAAUGUAUCACUGAAGAUCAAUGUGAAGGCUGGCGGGCGAAAUACAGUUUUGGAGCAGGCACUGCUUAGGAAAAUGCCUUACAUUAGUGACAUCCCUACCAUAAUAUUUGGUGCUGAUGUCACUCACCCUCAACCAGGGGAGGAUUCCAGUCCUUCUAUAGCUGCUGUGGUGGCCUCAAUGGAUUGGCCAGAAGUCACUAAGUACAGAGGUUUGGUGUCUGCACAAGGCCACAGGGAAGAGAUUAUUCAGGAUCUCUACACUAGUUAUCAAGAUCCUAACAAGGGCUUAGUCCAUGGUGGAUUGAUUCGUGAACAUUUGGUUGCAUUCUACAAGAACACUAAGUGCAAGCCUAGCAGGCUCAUCUUUUACAGGGAUGGUGUGAGCGAAGGACAGUUUAAUCAAGUUCUUCUGUAUGAAAUUGAUGCAAUUAGGAAGGCAUGUGCUUCGCUUCAGGCAGAUUAUCAGCCAAGAAUAACUUUUGUUGUGGUUCAAAAGAGGCAUCAUACUCGUCUCUUUCCUGCUGACCAUAGAAGUCGUAGUACUACAGACAAGAGUGGUAACAUUUUGCCAGGUACUGUGGUUGAUACCAAGAUUUGCCACCCCAAUGAAUUCGAUUUCUAUCUUUGCAGCCAUGCUGGGAUCCAGGGAACUAGUCGUCCAGCACAUUACCAUGUGUUGUACGAUGAAAAUCGCUUCAGUGCAGAUGCACUGCAAAUUCUCACCAACAGCUUGUGUUACACAUAUGCAAGGUGCACUCGCUCAGUUUCCAUAGUCCCACCAGCUUACUACGCACAUCUUGCUGCAUUCCGAGCCCGUUACUACAUUGAAGCGGGAGAAUUCUCCGACAGUGGAUCUGCUGCAGCGGGCCCCGGUGGAGCGAUGAGGGAGAGGGUUGGAGAGGUUCGGGCUCUGCCUGCAAUUAUGGACAAUGUUAAGGAUGUCAUGUUCUACUGCUGAUUUUGGUUGACUUAAAAAACCUAACUACAGGACUACAUCUUUUUGUCUAUGAACAUUUGUUUUUGUAGAUUUCUCUUUUUCGGUGCCAAAAUAUGCUAUGAUACCUAAGGUUGUUUUGUCGUCGUAGGUUGUUUUUUCGGCGCCGUUUGGUUAAUGAUUUGCUGGCAAUGUUAUUUAGAAUCUUUGAACUUCAACUGUGUUGGGAUUAAAGGAAUUUGAUCGGUUUUCUUUUUGUUGA